CACACAAUUCCACCUCUAUGCUCAAAGCGGCCCCUGUUGACUGAUCAACAUCUGCAUUGGAGGCGGCUGUUACUCUGUGUUUCCAACCAAGCCACCCAGCUGGGGAGGGAAGGAAGAAGGAAUAGAAUCAGAUCAUGGUGACCAGAACCCAGAAGUUCAAAGCGUUUGUGUCUGAGCCGAUGGGCGAUAAGGACGUUACAGCAGUGGAUGGCAUUAAUGACGAGCUUGGACUAAAAUUAGCUGCAAAGGGUUUUGACAAGGCAUACAUCCUUCUGGGCCAAUUCCUCCUGUUAAAAAAGGACCAUGCGGUUUUCCAAAGGUGGCUGAAAGGGGCGUAUGGAGCCAGUCCGAGCCAGGCUCAGCGGUGCGCCUCCUGUCUAACGGACUGGUGCUACGCUUUCCUCUAGGGAGCUCAGCCCUCCUCGCAUGUUCUGU